GACGACACAGGGAUCGAAUUCUGUUGAUAGUUCUACGUCAAUAUUAUCUGGUUCUGAAACAUCUUCAAUUCCGAUAAUUUCAGCAACAAUAUCUGAAACAAUUGAACUAAUAACUAGGACAUUUCCUGUUAGCGUUAAUUCUGGAACAUUCGGCGAUUCGAUCGUUGAUGUAACUACUGUUAGUGGUUCACAAAGUGUUGUAACUGAUGAAGAAUCGUUAGCAUCUUCCGUUACUGUGUCGGAAUCCGGUGUGGAAUCUGCGUCGGCAUUAACAACAACGAGCAUCCCGAAUGCUGUUGCGGAAUUGACCACAGGAAUUGUGUCAAGCAGCAGCGAAAGUUCUGUCACAACGCGUGUUUCGGUAGUAUCGUCUACAAGUUCAGACUACACUGUAGAUUUAACUGGAACUGCGAGACAGUUUUCAUCUGAAUAUGUAAAUAUCAUAGGUGAUCAGUCCACACUUGCUAGUGACCAAGUUCAAGCAUCAAUAGGCACAAGUAGUCUCCGUGCAGAAGCUAGUACUAAUGAAAUAACAAUUCACAGUAGUAUUUUAACGGAUACAUCUGAUAAUAGUGCUGUUUUUGUCACAUCUCUCACACCUACUAUGACAAGUGAAAUACAAUCGUCAUUACUAACAUAUGCAGACAGUGUGUCAAAUAUUCCCACUAUAACACUAACAUCAACUAAUGCUAUAGAUUUCAUUUCAACUGUCGAACAGGUGUCUGAGAACAAAUCAUCAUCAACAUUGAAUUUGGAGUAUACAACAGCGCGACUAAUAGACAUUUCUGCAAAUUUCGGUAAUGAAUCAGCAGUCACAAACAGUGAUAGGACAGUCUCCAGGGAGGCAGAAACCAGAACCAAUCAAGAUAGCUCUACUAAUGCUGCUGAUACAAUUACAUCGACAAUAGCGUCUGUGGAGUAUUCGUCGUCAGAACAAAUAACUAGUUCGACAAGUAGGUUGAUCCUUGUGACUGUAACAUAUGUUAAUAGUGAAAAUUCAAAAAUUCUAGGUGAGGCAAUUGUGUCUUCAGCGACAAUAAUUAGUGAUUCUACAGUUGACGUACAAAAUGAGCCAAGUUGGUCUACAUCUGGUAUCACGUCAUCAUCGAUGGAUACAACUGAUCUCACUACAUUUUUAUCAAAUAUUGAUUCAUCAACAACAGAAACUUUCAAAGGUACUGAUAGCACUUUGAGUACAUCUCAAAAUGAAUUACAAACCACUGUAGAAGAAUACAAGAGCGAAGGAACAACCUCGUCUACGAUUUCUUCAAUUCUAUCAACUGAUACUGUUACUAUGCAGUUGACGAUAGAAGUUACUACACAAUCUAAUGCAAUAUCUUCUUCAGUAUCAGAGCAGUCAAACACUGUUACAACUACUUUAGAUUCUUCUACAUAUCUCUAUAGUAGUACACAGAAAGUGAUCGACGAAACAUCAACUAGUACAAUAUCUGUUAUGAAUACUGAUCAAUCAUCAAUAUUGGCGUCAACUAUAUCACCAAGAAAUGUAACUCCAACUGUUGAAAUGAUGUCGCCAAUUGAUAUAGAACUUAGUAGUUCACAAAUUUCAGUCUUAUCCAGUCAAUUUGAUUCAUUCCGUACAGCAUCUGAUGGUACAACAAUCGAUUUAUUGAAAACUACUGAAACUAUUUCGAAUUCAAUUCAGAAUACAGUCGAAACAUCAACAAAUAGUACUUUGAUGGCAAAUCCUACUACUAUUAACGAAUUCCAACAAUCAAGCUCUAUACCAAUUACUUCAGAUUUGACUACGCAAGAUUCUAGCAGUACUAUCGAAACUACUACAUAUGCACAAUCACCAACAAUGUCAAUUUUAUUUAAGGAAAACGAUACGACAAUCACACCAGUUACUUCUAUCAAUAUUAUUUCACAAUCUACUGAUAAUUUAAUACCAUUGGUGUCCCAAAGUGAAGUUUAUAUUGAUACAACAACAUCUACAAUGGCAGAUUCGACAUCAUCUUCAGUUUUCAGUACUUUUAUCGAUGGAGUAUCUACAGCUACAAACCCAAUUGUUGAAUCCUCACAAAGUAAUGCUGCGACAGAAACAACGUCCCUGUUAAACUUAGAUCAAUCGACUUUAAGUUCAGAAUAUACGAUAUCACUAGAAUCAACUCAAUCUUCACAAGGAAAAACUGAUGUUUACACUGGCACACCAAGUGAAUUAAUACCUUCAAUACCAACUGUAGACAUGUCAUCUUCAAUAUCAUCGUAUUCUACGAGCUCUAUAAGUGACUUAAUAGCAUCAGAAAAUUUAAGUACCUUGACAAAAGAUCAACUUUCAACGUUAGAAACACUAUCAUCUGCCAAUAAUGAUGAAACAACGAUUAGUUCAUAUCUUAAUCAACAGACAAACUUAGAUUCUACAACUGAAAAUAUCAACACUACUAUUGCAACGAAUUCUUCCGGUGAAAUAUCUACUAGUGAACUAUUAACAACGAAUAUCAUCUCUCAGACCGAAUCAAAUUUGUCAGCAGUUGAAACUUCAACAUUACACGAUAUCAUAUAUUCGAGUAAUUCAUUAGUAGAAACCAAAAGUUCGAUCGAUAGUACACUAUCAUCAUUAGAUCUUACAAAUACUGUUUCUUUCGGUGAAACCGAAGUAACUAACGCACUAUCCACAUCAAAUCAACAAUUAAGCUCAGAGCAACAGCAAAAUAUUGAAACAUUAUCAACGAUACAAAAUUUGGAUUUGACAACAAGUAGCCCGGGACAAACGGUCUCGAUCAUAUCCACUCAAAUGUCUACUAUUGAUCAAACUCUAACUUCAUCAUUCACUUCGGAAAAAGUUAAUGAACAAUUUAUAUCAAGCAUUUUACCUACAGCAUCAGAUGCAACAGGACAAAUGUCCACAGUUCAAUUAACAUCAUUAAGCAAUGAACCAGUAUUCACAACAGUGAAUGUAGAUACUACAUUAGAUUCCCAAGGAACGAAUCCUUCAACUGUUGCAACAAAUGCUAUAUCAUCUAAUGAUUACAUUUCAUCUUCUGACUUUUCAACGUUUUCCGACAACACAAUAACUACGACCAAUACUCAACAAACAAAUGAAUCAAUUGAAUUCACAACAACUCUUUCGUCAUCAUCUACCUACACUACAAUAGAAAAUGUUAUCACAACUGAAAGUUCUUCAUUCAUUCCAUCAACAAUAUUCAAUGAUGAAUCGACUACACAGAAUAUCAAUGAAUCUUUUAGUUCGAUGCAAUCGACACUAAAUUUAUUUAAUCAAACUAUAGAUUCUAGCACGAUUGAAGCUUCUGCUGAAUAUCUAAAUGCUACUUUAGUAUCACCUUAG